AUGGUUGCGCAAAAGUCCCAGGGUAUUCAGACGCUGCUCGAGGCCGAGAAGGAGGCCUCGAAGAUCGUUGAGAAGGCGCGCGCGUACCGCACGCAGAAGCUGAAGGACGCACAGAGCGAGGCGGAGAAGGAUAUCGCCGCGCUCAAGAAGGAGAAGGAGGAGGGCAUCGCGAGCUUCCAGAAGCAGUUUGAGGGCUCGCAGUCCCAGGAGCAGGGCGUGCUCGACCAGGACAAGAAGCAGAAGCUCGCCGAGAUCAAGGAGGCGUUCUCCUCCAAGAACGACGAGCUCAUCCAGAAGCUGCUCGACCGCGUGGCGAGCGUGGAGCCCAAGCCCCACCGCAACCUGCACAAGAUCGAGGCGUAG